AUGGAUCACAGAAGAAGUAUUGAUUUUACCAAUGAUUUCAUUGUUAAAUCAACAGAGCAACAACAACAAAGAAGGUUAGCAAAUUUUACAAUUAGAAAAUGGAAUAGUGAAGCAAAUAUAGAGGAUUUUGAUGGUUCAGUUCCACCAAAAAGUUCAAUUGUUAAUUUAUUAAACAAAUUUUUAAAAACUAGACCAUCCAAAGAGGAUUUGGUUGCCAAUAAAAUUUUAGGAAAUGAAUAUAAGCCAAUACCAUUAAGAUAUAGUUUAAUUGAUAUACUAUGUAGCUAUUUAGAAAAAAAUGCAUUGGAAGCAGAAGGUAUUUUUAGAGUUUCAGGUUCAAAUCAACAAAUUAGAUUGUUUUGGCAAACCUUUACUUCGGAUAACAUUGAUUUUCCACAAAAUAUUCAUACAACAGCAGGUGCAUUAAAGUUAUAUAUUAGAGAACAAAAUGAACCUUUGGUUCCACACGAAUUCUUUUCGAAUUUUAUAACACUUUUGGGUGAUAAUGGAGUAUCUUCAAAUUCAAUGAUUCAAUUAAUGACAAAAGUAACACCAGAAAAUUUAAAAAUUAUCAAAAGAGUUUUAAGGGUUUUAAUUAUUAUGGCAAGACAUUCUCAAAUUAAUAAAAUGGAUGCAAAUAAUAUGGGUAUUGUUUUUGGACCAAAUAUUUUCAAAUCAAGGUCUGAUUCACCAAAUAUUUUUUCAGAAGCAAAAUAUUCAAAUGAAAGUGUAUCAUAUUUAAUUUCUCAUUAUUUAGAAAUAUUUCCAGAUUUAGAAGUCCCAAUUUUAGGUACUGAAACAAAUAAUGAAGAUGGAGCCAUCCAAACAUCACAUGGAGUUGACCAUUCUGCAGCUGCCAGUAGUAGUAAUGAUAAUUUAAAUAAUAAUAAUAAUGUUGCGUUAUCACCAAGUUCAAAGGGUAUUUCAGUAAAUAGCACAACCGGUUCAUCAACAUCACCAAUAAUGAACUCAAAUUCAACUUCAUCACCAUCUUUAUUAAAUAACAAUGCCAAUUAUCCAAUUCAAGGUCAAAAUAACCCAUCACCAUUUUCCUUAUCAAAUAAUAUUGGUGGUAGUGUAUCAUCAACUAAUUUAAUGGGUGGUGUUUCAUCGAAUAAGGGUUCACCAUCAUCAUCAAUUUCAAACUCUUCAUCAUCAUCAAAAAACAAUUUAGUACCAAUACAUCCAUCCUUAUUAGAUACUAACCAAAUGGUAGAUAAAGUUGAAAGUAACCCAUUAUCAAAAAUGAAGAAACUAGACUUUAUUAGUGGUAAUUUAGUUUCAUAUGGUAAAUCUGGCAACAGUAACAAUUCAACCAACUCCAGCUCAACAAUAGCCAAUAGUUCAAAUUUAUUAAGUUCAAGUGGUAAAGUUAAGAAAUCAAGUACAAAUCUAAUGAAUGGUCACCCAUCUUCAUCACAAUUACAAUCAACAGGCGAAGUAACUUUAACACCAGUUUACAUUUUAAUUACCUCUCAAAAUGUUUAUUCUCUAUAUUGGGAUGGUGAUACUCAUAAACUCUCAUUCUUUUUAGUACCAAAGCCAAAGGUUAUUGAUCAUAUUGUCAGAUCAUUCGAACGUGGUAGAGCCAUUGCAAAACUAUCAAAUAAAUCUUUAGCUUCACUUCAAUCUAGAAAGUUCCCACUUUUAGAAGGUGCUAAUGGCUCAAGUAGCUUUAGUAAAUUACCAGAGUCCAGACCUGUAUUCGAAUCAUUAGCUCAAAAUGGUUUCACAGAACUUGAUGUUUGGGAAGGUACUGUCGAUCUUUUAGAGGUGGUAAAGAAAUUUCAUCAUAUUUUAAUUCCAACCGAACCAAAAGCAGUUGUCGAAUUCCUUUUACCAGCUAUUCCCGAGUUUAAAGGUAUCUAUAGAAAAUCUUACAAGCUAGAUAUAAAGACAACAGUGUAUAAAAUUAUUUGUCUCAUUUGUGAAAAGGCCAAAUUAGAACCAUCAAAAUUCCUUUUAAGAACAUUAAAAGGACGUACCUUAUUUGAUAAUCUUUGCUUGGGUGAUUAUGGUUUAGGUACAUUGUUUACAAGUUGGCAACUUCGUCUAAUUGCAUUAGAAUCACCAGAAUCUACAGGUAAUUUUGUCGUUGAAUUCUUAAUGCCAAAUACACCAGAGUUCAAGGGUAUGCAAAAGAAAGCUAUCAAGGUCGAUGCCUAUCAACCAUUAAAGAGAAUUAUGAAAGGUCUUUGUGAUAAAUUAAAGAUACCAAAUCAUCACUACUAUCAUAUCAUUGGUCCCGAGGGUGAAGUAUUAGGCGAUAACGAUGUAUUAUCAAGUAUUGGUCUUGGCAUUAAAUAUAAAACAUGUAAAAUGCAAUUGGCUAAAAAGGUUUUCCCUAUUGGUAGAAACCCAGAAAUCGAUACACCAAUGGUUAAAUCAUUAGUAGAUGACAUUGUGACCACAUCUUGGAAUAAAAUUAAAGAAAGACAUAACGAAAGAAUUCGUAUCUAUUGUAAGCAAAUGUUAGAUUAUAUUGUAGAUCAAGUAUUUGUAGAGAUAACCAAAGCUGAAUUGGUACCAAAAAGAGUUGCAAUGUUAGGUAAAAACUCACGUUAUGAUUUUUAUUCAACUCUGGAAUCAAAGGAAGAGGAAGAUAUGAUUCUCUUGGACAUUCAAGGUUACAAAGAAAAAGUAUUCCAAUGUAGAAAUAUAGUACCAGUCGAACUAGAAAACUCACCAAACUAUCCUUUAUAUCGUCCAAAAUUACCAUCAUUUAAAGGUGGCAUGGGUGGUGGUGGUAUUACAUCAUUAAGAGAUAUCAAAGUUAAUAGUGCCAAAAAUAAUUUCUUAAAUGAAUUAAAAGAUAAUAAUAAACAUCAACAACAACAACAGCAACAAAAUGGAACCGAACAUACCAUUAAACCAUCUCAAAAGAUUAAAUAUCAACCACCAAUUGUAAAUAAUCCAAACUCAAUUGUACAAUUAUUAUCGCUAAAACCAGGAACAUCAAAAUUGGUUGAACAAUUAAAAAAUAGAAUGUCAGUUACAUCCAAAAAAAUUAAUAUUUUUGAUGUUGAAGAUUUAGUUCCAAAAAAUUAUGAUUCUCCACAAAGUAGAAGAAAAAAGUUAUAA